UGUUGGCCGCGUCUGUCACUUUGUAGGACUGGUGACAUGAAUGGAUGGGCUGGACACACCUUCAGUCCUUUCAGAAAAAACACAAACCAGAAAAAACCGUCCAGAUUUGCAUAGAGAGGGGGAAAGACUCCCCCCGACGUUCCCAGAGCCUAAGCCGUCGGCCAGAGAAAUUCACAGCUUCCCCCUCCCACACUCACUCCUCCCAUCCCUUAAAAAAACGCAAAUAAAUAAUAUCUUUCCAAGCCCGCCGCCGUCCCGGGCGGCCUCUUCUCCCCGCCUGGCUCGGCGCGCUCCAGCCCUGCGGCAGGCGGCGACGAGAAGCUGCGGCUCCUUGUGCGGUGCGGCGGGCGCGCAGCAGGCCAGCCGGCGCCGCACUAUGCUCCCCAGAGCGGUGGCAGCCCACGCCGGUGCGUACUGGGACGUGGUGGCUUCCUCCGCGUUCCUCAACCUCCCCGCUGCGCCCGGCUUUGGCAACCUGGGCAAGAGUUUCCUGAUCGAGAACUUGCUGCGGGUCGGGGGUGCCCCGACGCCCGGGCUGCAGCCGCCCGCGCCCCACGGCCCGGCGACCGCCUUGGCCACCGCGGGCGCGCAACUCCGGCCCCUGCCCGCCAGCCCGGUUCCCCUAAAGCUGUGCGCCGCAGCCGAACAAGUUAGCCCCGCCGGGGCACCCUACGGUACGCGGUGGGCUUUUCAAGUGCUCAGUCCCUCUAUGGACAGUGCCAGGCUGCCGGGCCGGGCUCCGGGGGACCGAGACUGUACCUUCCAGCCUUCAGCGCCAGCACCUUCCAAACAUUUUCUUCUGAGCGCGCCGCCAUUCUACUCGGCGUGCUGUGGUGGGUCCUGUCGGCGCACUGCAUCCUCCGCUGCUUUUCCAAGAGAAGAGAGCGUGCUGCCUUUCCUGACACAGGACUCUAAUUCCAAGGCUCGGAGGGGCAUUUUAAGAAGAGCUGUCUUUUCUGAGGACCAGAGAAAGGCUCUGGAGAAAAUGUUUCAGAAACAGAAAUAUAUCAGCAAAACAGACAGAAAGAAACUUGCCAUCAACUUGGGACUGAAGGAAUCACAGGUGAAAAUUUGGUUUCAGAACAGAAGGAUGAAAUGGCGGAAUUCCAAAGAAAAGGAAGUGCUUUCCAACAGGUGUAUCCAAGAAGUAGGUCUUCAAGAGGAUCCCCUCUCACGGUCUGCUCUGGGUUUCCCUUCUCCAUGUCCUUCAAUAUGGGAUGUCCCCCAACAGCACUCAAGUCCAAGAUGGAGGAAUAAUUCUCCAGAACCUUCAGAAAGACUAAUCCAGGAGAGUUCAGGGGCACCACCCCCAGAAGCAAAUUCACUGCAAGGUGCCUUGUAUUUAUGUUCUGAAGAAGAAGCUGGAAGCAAGGGUGUACUUACUGGGGCCAUCUGAAUGGAAGCAUUCCUCCACAUCAAUUUAAAAGAACGCUUAGUAGUAACAUUUGGGCUCUAAUGCCAGCUCACCUGUACCUCAUCAGUGCUUACAGCCUAACAACUUUGGAGCGAUAUAUGAACUAAUGCUUUAGGAAACUCACUCCAGUGUUCUCUUGUUUGGCCCUAGACUCAGGCUUAAUUUGUAAGUGGAGUAGAAUCUCCCAGGAAGUAUGAUGGAACUGAAAAGAAGGACAGCAACAGCUGGCUCGGUCCCUGCUCUUAGUAUGUGUAUAUGUGUGUGUGUCUCGAUGUGUGUAGAUACAUAAAUAUCCAUUAAAAUGUGUUAGUAGAAACUAGUUUCUCUUUAACUAUUGCAUUGAGUAAAUUCAUUUCCUUUUAUGUGAAGAAAAAUACCAUUGACAGAAUGUUAUUAAUUUUUUGAAAAUAAUGUAAAAUUUGGACUUUGGUGCAAACUUUCAUACCCCAAAAACAUGUUUUAAAAAAUCCUCUAUUUUCCAACUUCUUUUGGUAUCCAGCUAAGUGAAUUUUAACACCUUGACUCAGCAGUCCUCAUCAAAUGAGCCGCUGCUAGAUACAUACACUGAAAAUAUAUAUUUAAAAUGAACCCGACAAGCAAAUUAGAAGAAUUUCUAUAUAUAACUAUUAGUAUCCUUAAUCUCCAAGUCUCUGGACCAUCGGGCCAUCGGGAGGCCCAUUUAACUAAUAAGUAUUUUUUAAUCUUUUCUCUGUAAAUAUGGGCCUAGACCAGGGUUUGCAAAAUAAAAUGCCUUUAAGACCCUGUCAGGUAAAUAAAAGCUAUGGCUCACCCAAAGAUAUUUGAGUCAAGUAAUUUUUCAAAUACUGUAUUGGCCAAACAGAAUAUCUAUGCCAAGAAGUAUGUGAUCUCUGGCCAAGACUAAAGAAAGCCGUGGUGUCACAGUUCUUAAAUUUUUCUAACUGGACUUAAAACCACAAUAACUAACAGAAUCAACGAUGAUUUCUGUUUGCGCUUCUAGUUAGAGACUCAAUCUUCCACUUAGGUGACAUACACUUUACAUAUUAGGUUAUUUUUAUGUAUUAACAAACACUACACAGAUGUUUUGUGUUUUUUGACUACCCUGAAAUCGUAUCUUUCUAAAAUUGCAUUUCUGGUAAUGAUCUACUUAGUUAAUCCAGAAGUUUUUACUCCAGGACCAAGAAGAAAUUAUGUUUCACUUUGAAGGAAAUGAAACAAAAAUAGGAAAUGAUGUGGUUUUGCCUUGAACUCUUAUCAAUCUGUGGACAAGAAACACUCUGAGAAGUUCAUUAAGUGGCAUUUUGUUAGUGAGUAAGCUGCAUAAUGAUGGUGGCUUCUAAUUUGCUGAACUCCGCUAGUCUGAGAAGUUAACGUCUUUUGAGGGUUUAGUGUUUAGAAAAGAUAUUUCAGAAGAUAAUGGUUUUAAUCAACAGCAGGAGAUUAUUUUCUAUGAAUAGAGUUGGACUUGGUAUGUCAACCCGUGUCUUUACCACAUGAUCUUUUACUUAAAAGUCAUUUUAGAAGCGUGUCUCAGUGCCUCAUUGUGGGGAAUGGGAGCACGGAUCUGCUGACAAAAAUUUGAAAUUUAAAACCAGUCUUAAAAUGAUUUAUAGUAUGGUUUCUAUUCUUAUAAUGUUAACCUCAUUUACAUUUAUAGGGUACUUCCUAUGUGCUAAGCAUUUAGGGUGGAUUAGCUCAUCUAAUCCUCAUGGCAAUAACGCUGUGAUGUAGACGGUAAUUACUAUCAGGAUUCCUGUUACCCAGACAAGGACACUAAGGCAGAGUAUGGUUGGGGUAAUUAUCCAGCGUCAUUAAGUUAAUAAAUGGGAUUUGAACCCUGACACUCAAGUUUUGAAUCUUGGAAUCUUACCAACCAUGUGGGGAUUGCAUACCGGUGUUAUGUAUUCACACAGCUAUGGGAUGCAUUGUAAGAGAUACAUUUUGGGGAUUGCAGUGAGAUUUAUUAAAGAAAUUCAAAAGCUUUACCAUCUUACUUGGGUAAUGAUUUUAUCUUCAGUAUUGUGUUUUCUAUUAGAUUUUGAACUUUAAGGAAAUUAAGGAAUUGCAAAAUCCUUCAACUAUGAAGCCUCUAUAGAAAAUAGUCCCAUAGGAGUGUUUAAGCAUAAUCACUGUUAUCAUAUAUAUAUAUGAGAUAUAUAUAUAAUCUAUAUAUCACUCACUGCUAAAAUAAUAAAAUGCUUAUCUGUGGUCAGUGUUUCUUGAGAAUAACUUGAAAGUCAAAUAAGAGAAACCUCUGUCAUGGCUAUCUGAUAACACAGGUAGGGCUAAUUGGUUCUUAAAUAAUCUUCCCUCAGGGCCUAACCCAGCAGAGGCAUCUAAGACCCAGCAGAGGCAUCUCAGUGUAAAAUUAGCUUGAUAUUCAAAUAGAUAAAUCAAGCUUUUAAUUGUUUUCCACUUUGGAAUGUGUUAACACUUAGGAAAAGUAUGCUUUAGAUGGCUGUAUUACCGGUACUUAGGAAACACAUACACAGUACACAUACAUAUGCCCGGUGUGCUUUCACUUUGCCUUUACUUGCCUGAAUGGCUGGAGAGAGUGGCUGAGCCCCCUAUCAUGUUGAAGGGUCUCCCUUCUCUCUUGUGCUUUGCUACCAUCCUUCCUCCCCUCAUGUAAAUAUAUAAUUUUCUCUGCCAUCUAGAUGCAGACUCCGUUUCUUCAGUUGAUGACAUAUUAGUAGAUUUGUUGUCUGCUUUCCAGACAAAUAGUGCUCUAGUGAGAGCCAGGGCCAUAGAAGCCUGGAGGCUGAAGCAUUUUAAUUUAAAAAAACAUUAUCAAAAAGAUCUUAAGCAGAUGAGAAAAAAUGGUGAGCAUUAUCCCCUAAGCUUUCAGAAAGAUAAAUACUUAGUGUUGGAAAUAUAUAAACAGGUUAGGGAUGAUCACUGGCUUUUGAGACAAUGAAAACCAUGAUCAUUAAUGUUUAAAGGGCAGUUCUAUUUUCUUAGUAAUAUGGUGGUUUGAAUGGGGAACCCAAUUAUUCAGUCCAUUGGUUCUCAAACAUUAAAAGUACACGUCCAUGAACAUGCUAUACCUUCCAACCAGUUUUGGAUAUGUGCUCAGAUUUGGGCAUACACUUCAUACAUACUGCUUCAAAAAUCCCUGCCACCCACCCCACCUCUCAAGAAUCAUUAAUACACACUCUUGUUCACUUUUCAAAUACAAGUCACAAUUAAAUAUGCUUGUCCAAGCCACAGAUAUUCUUUCUGGCCCCCUUCACUCCACUUUCUGAUGCAUUCCCUUAAAAACUACAUACCCCCCAGUGUGCUCCAUGACCCCUCCCUUGAUGACUAAUGGUUCCAUGAAGCCUAUUCUACUGUGUACAUAAGCUUGUUAGACACUGCAUUUUGGCUAUCUGAAAUUCCUCAAAAUAUUUUUUCUCUCUAAAUUUAAGCACUUACUGGGUACUAUGUAUGAAGCCUUAUCCUAGCUCUAUGUAAACAAGUAUGAUGAAGAGCAUGGUUCUUGACCUCAAGGAGCUUCUAAUCUAGUCUUCUUGCCAAGAAGAAAUUCUGUGACAUUUUCCAUUCCGCUGGUGAUGGGAUCCAGUGAAUUUGGGGCAAAAAAUAAGCUUCUGACAUCCUCCAACACGUCAUCUUCCAUUUGCAAUGCAAGGUUCUUCCAUGAUCCACCAUACAGAAAAAUGCAAGCUGCUUGACCCUGCUGCUUUUCUGUGCUGUCCCUCCUCCAUUCAGGCCACAGUGGACCCAAGAGGAGCCAGAAAGAGUCCAGGGAAUUCAGUAGCUUCCUUUUGUUCAAGGCGUACCCUAUUUCUAUUUUUCUUUCUACCUUCUCAGCCUCAGGUCAGCCUAUACCUAUGGUAAGUAGGACGAGAGAAGAAAAAGCAAAUAGUGCAAGUUGGGGAAGUCAGGAUGAAUGUUCUUGAAUACAUAUGGAAAAUUUUGCAGAAUUAAUUACAAACAAUUUCUGAAAUAAGCAACUACCCUAAAGACAUAGCAAUAGCCUAACAAAGAUGGCCCUUAGCUUCCAGCUACUACUUCAGUUCUGUUACAUUAUUAUUUCUAGUUAUAAAGAAGCACACUUGAAAAUAUAGCUAACAAAGUAAAGUUCAUAUAUAAUUCCACCUGGUGAUAGCCAACUUAGCUCUUUCAUGAAACAUUUUCAGUCAUUUUUUGAAUGUAUUUUUAUGUAACUAUGUGUGUCUAAACAAAUUUGGACCAUUGCGUAUAUCCAGUUGAUUCUACUAUUUUUUUUUACUCAAUUUUGUACACAGAACAUUGCCCCAUGUCAUUAAAAAUUACUUGAAA